AUGAUUACGACAACCGAAGCGACUAUACUGAAUGCAACUCUUGUCAUUGACGACCCGAUGGAGAAGCUGAAUUACCUAAAAGGAAUUUAUUCAUGGCUUAUUCCUAUCAUGAUAAUCAUACUGGCGCUGGCCAUCAUUGGCAACGGGCUCAUUGUGGUGUCAGCUCCAUUUUUGUCUUCGCCAGUCUCACCGUAUCUCAAAUUAUGCAUCAGUCUAGCCGCAGCCGACAUGUGGGCUGCAUCACUGCUCAUCACAGGGCUUGUGGUGAAUUCAUACCUUCCGGUUGUGAUAGGAGUGCGAAAGUCAUCGAAAUGUGUUGACGCUUGGUUGGAAAUAUUUCGGGUUUCCGGAAUGCUCACCUCGGAUAUGCACUUAUUCGCUUUGGCCAUCAAUCAGUUCUUUGGUACGAUGUGGCCACUGAAAUAUAAGGUGAUGGUAACCACGAGGAGGAUUCGUUGCAUAGUUUUGGGGCUCUGGAUGGUCCCACUCAUUUUUGUUUUUGGAUGGUUCAUUUCUCUGGAAAAUGAUGGAUUACGUCACGAGAAAUGUCAUUUAUCAUUCUACAACCGUUUUCCUUUCCGAAUUACUAUAUUCCUCAUCUUCAUAAUACCACUCGUCGCCACCCUAUUGAUUUAUUUUCUGAUACUGUCGAAGCUUUUGAAAGCGAAAGCAGAGUUCGAGAUGACAGUCACUGACAGGAGAACGACAACUACUACUCGACGUUCCAAUGUGCACUCAAAACUGAAGCUUGUCUGGACUACGCUAUUAAUUGUGUCGACAUUCUCGCUCAGCUGGGGUCUAUGCGUGCUCUAUUUCGUGCUUGUAUGCGUUGAAGGAUGCCCGUUUACGUACAAUGUAUCCCUAAACUUCUACCUCGGCUUGUUCCUGAAUUCAAGCGUCAAUUGUUUGGUGAUGCUGAAAUUGGCAUCAAACCCCUUCAUCUACACGCUGCGAAUCCGUGCGAUCAGAUCAAGUGUGGACACAUUCUUGGCUGCGCUGUGUCAUCGUAAAACAUACCCGACAAAGAACAAAGGGACCAGCGUCGCCCUGCUCAGUAACCAAGAAAGUUCGGCAGGACCUGCAUUGUAGCUCAAUGACAUCUACAAGGUUUUAUGUCCACCCGCUGCUGUACUUUGUUAUUUGUUACUGAAAAUUGACAUUUGAGUGGUCAUCGUAUUUGUCGUAACUGAGACAAACCAACGAUCAUCUGUGUGAUAUAGGCGCUGAAGCUGCUUGCUCUCAUCCUCUUACGUGUAUGUAUACAUCUCCCAGCCCCGCUACUUCUGAUCUCUGACACUAAUAAUCCCUUUGUAUCAUUGUGCGUGCCUAUCCCAGCACUAAAGCACUUUCGACGAAUAUUUAUUUUGACGAACAUGUAAUUUAAAAUAACGUUUUCUGUCAGUAAUAAAGGUCUGCCAU